UUGUUACAGUUGCCAUCAUUAGCCAUUCGGUCCCUCCAAUUUCAAUUCGACUGCUCACCCGAAACACGCAUAAUUGUCAAAAAAACGUCAAACGACGUUCCGCCGUUUUCAACCCAACUUCACCACCGUCUCACAGAUACCCGAUUUUCUCGAGAAAUUCUAGUUCAUGUAGAAUCCUUGCUCCAGUGCAUUUAAAGAAUCAUUAGAAAUGGAUCGGCGAAGGGCGGAUAGUCCAGUUUAUGGACGGCAGUGGAGCGGAGGAUCGAGCAGCUCGGGCUCGUCAUCACCGGCGCACCCUCAGUCACGGCUGCAGCCGGCUAUCACCUCCAUUAAGCGCAACCAAAACGUGGCUGCGAAGGCUGCCGCACAGCGCCUUGCUCAGGUCAUGGCCACGCAGACCGCUGCUGGUACUGGCGACGACGACGAUGACGAUGAUGAAGAAGAUGACCUCUCCUUUCGCUUCCACGCAUCCACCAAAGAUAAAAAUCGAACUAGUAGUAAUCAUAGUUCGUUACCAGCGCUUUCGUUUACUAGAGCUAAUAGAUCUCCGUCUCCUGCGUUAGGUCGGAACAUUGUAGAACAUACAGCAUCUGUGCGGUCCACAUCAGCUGGAAGGCCGUCAGGGAUUUCUGUUAGAACCGCGACGUUUAUGCCUUCAAGUAAACCGCCGGUUAGAACUCCAGUUCCUAUACCUACGAUUGAGCCCCCUACUCAUAGGAAUAGAGAUAAGAGGUUUUCACCAGAUAUACCACUACUCAAUACAAAAGAUGCAGGAGAUCAGCGUGAAGCCUCUGCGCUUCGUGAUGAACUUGACAUGCUACAAGAAGAGAAUGACAGUUUACUUGACAAGCUUCGUCAUGCUGAAGAGAGAUGCGAGGAAUCAGAAGCAAGAGCCAGGGAGCUUGAGAAACAGGUUGCUGCUCUCGGAGAAGGUGUGUCUCUGGAAGCCAAACUAUUGAGCAGGAAGGAAGCAGCUUUACGUCAAAGAGAGGCUGCUCUUAAGGCAGCAAGACAAAAGACAGAUGGGAGAGAUGAGGAGGUUGUAGCCCUACAUUCAGAAAUUCAGAACUUGAAAAAUGAGGCUGCAACAACUAUUGAGCAGCUACGGGAGGUGGAGUCUGAAACAAAAGCUCUGCGGUCAAUGACUCAGAGGAUGAUAUUGACUCAGGAAGAGAUGGAGGAAGUUGUCCUAAAGAGAUGUUGGCUUGCUCGCUAUUGGGGUUUAGCUGUACAGCAUGGCAUUUGUGCUGACAUAGCAGUGUCAAAGCAUGAGCAUUGGUCUGCUUUUGCUCCUCUUCCCUUUGAAAUUGUCAUUUCUGCUGGACAAAAGGCCAAGGAGGCGUCAUGGGCGAAAGGUGGUGGUGAUCCUGAUAGAAGUAAACUUGUUCGGGAUUUGAGUGAUCUUACUGGAGAAGGAAAUAUUGAGAGUAUGCUUUCAGUUGAAAUGGGUUUAAAAGAAUUAGCGUCUUUAAAGGUUGAGGAUGCUGUUGUGCUUGCACUGGCCGAACGCAGAAGACCAAAAAUGGUUCGACAAUCCCUCCCUGAUUCCAAAUUGCCUGGUGAUCCAAAGUUUACAGAGGCAUUUGCAGAGUUAAGUGAAGAGGAGGAAGAAGAUGUUCUUUUCAAAGAGGCUUGGUUGACAUAUUUCUGGAGAAGAGCUAAAGCGCAUGGUGUAGAGGAGGAUAUAGCGGAGGAGAGACUACAGCUUUGGAUAAAUCGCAGUGGACAGUCACCAACUUCACAUGAUGCUGUUGAUGUUGAGCGUGGCUUAUUGGAGCUGAGGAAGUUGGGUAUAGAGCAGCAACUCUGGGAAGCUUCUAGGAAAGAAAUUGAUCUGCCAUCCUCUGCCUCAGUGGCCAAUCACAAACUUGCAGAUAUAGAGACCUCCUCAUGAAGGAGAUUGUUUUGAUGUGCCGACUGCCAUUUCUUUGUUUGUUUCUCAUUUUGGAUGAGAACUUGCUUGAAUGCUCCAUUUUGUGUUUUAAUUUUCUUCUUUUCUUUUUUUCUUUCUUGAAUCUCCUGUCCCACCAACUAUCAUCCAUUUCAUCCAGUGGCAUCAACUUGUAGCUGGUCAUUAUACGAGAGAGCUGUCUGGACUUGGGGCUUGUAAUUAGAGUUUGCUCUAGUGACUUGUACCUGGUCAUUAUACGCGAGAGCUGUUGGGACUUUGGGCUUGUAAUUAGAGUUUGCUCUAGUGAUUUAUUUAUUUAUUUCAUUGAUUCUGUAAUUCGUCUUUCCAUGCAUUAGUAAAUUUUGCAAGCCCGUUUAUCUCAA